AUGACGACGAUGACGGAGAAGACGAAGACAGAGACGAUGAUGAGAGUUGAAGAAAGACAGACGAAACGAAUGGACCGAGAGGAGGAUGGAGGAAGGAGGCAGAGGCUGCGGUCUAGGAUACCUGGGACCGCAGACGAACCGGAGGUGGUGUCCGCGUCGUUGUCAUCGUUUGCCAAAUACCAACGCCGCUUUCUGGCGAGCCACGUCCACAGACUCCCGCGUACCUCAUAGUACGAUAGUCCCCGCCUUAAUGAUUUGUUUAUAAUGAUUUUCGCGACUACGCGUACGGCGACGCGACGCCCGCUUUCGUAAGAUCUUUUCGCCAGUUCGACGAUCGUGUUUCAAAGACGUUGGAAACGGAUCGACACGCCAACAGGCGACCAGAUUUCGUCUCGCGAACAAUACAUUUCUUCAGAGGACAAAAUGGGGGUGAUGGGAUGGAACUUGGAGCGGAAAGUGACUGA